AUGAGCGUGGCCGAAUCCACCAUUAUCGGCUCAGAACACGAAUCACGAGUCGCCGGGGGCAUGCUGAAGGCAGCCUCGCAAGUAGGCGACGAUACUGGGAGUCGGGACUCUGCUGGCAAUAUGCUGUCCAUGGACUUUUCGACGCCGCUUGCCGGCCCGGCGCGUACUGAAAAGAUAAAACAAAUGUCCAGGAAUCAUGCUGCGUUUGAAAAGUCGCGUGCAAUGCAGCAAAUCCUCGUCAAGAUCCAGCACUCACUGCGCCGCAUGCCGGGCGUCUCGUCGGCCGAGUCGACCGAGAUUGUGCUGCAGUUGCAAGAGGUUGGGCAGACCAUCAGCCGCGAGACGAGCGACCUGGUCAACGCCGUCAUGAACCUGACGCUGGACCAGGAGGACACGGACAAGGCGGUCGCGCGCAUGAGCAUCGAGGCCAACAUUGCCAAGGCGAGAAUCGACGAGCAGUGCAACACGAUCCAGACGCUUGAGGCGCAGCUCAAGGACGAGCGGGACAGUAAGGCCCAUGUCGGCCAGCGUGAUGAGCAGGCGCCCCAGAACCAGGAUGAAAAGGACGAGCUGAUAAAGACGCUCAAGGAGGCCAACACGCACCUGGAGCAGCAGGUCAACGGACGGCGCUCCCUCUGGGCCAUGAAGCACACGGACGAGCAGUCCCUGUCGCGCGCCAUUGCCACCCUGAGGGAUUCCGCCGAGGGCUUCCCCGCCGCCCAGGGCGCGCUCAUCUCGCUCCGGCACAGCCUCAACAACCGCGCCGCCAGCAGCGGCCACAACCCGGGCGACCUGCGCCAGGACUAUGGCCGUCCCGGCAAUGACUUGGACAGCGGCAUGGUCUCGCCCGACUACUUUGCGCACCGCCCCUCUGCGCAGCUACCUAUUGGCAGCCUGCGCGGCGCGAGCGGUCCACUGCGUCCGCCGUCCACCGCACCGUACGCUGCUCGGCGAGGCAACCCGGCUCCCCCGCCCGCCGCCGCGUGGGAGAACCACCACCCGCCGGCACCGCCUGCGGGCGCCUCCCGCGGCGGCCCAUCGUCUUCCCUCGGUGCCGGUGUCGCCGCCGCCGCCGCCAGCAGCUUUGCUAUAUCGUCGUUUAGUCGUGGCGGCUCCGUCGGCCGCAAGACAGGGCCGGGCCAGAACAGCUCGCGCUUUAGCCCCAGCGCCGCCGAAUUCUACCCCUGGAACCCUUCCUCCUCCUCCUCUGGCGGCGAUCACGGCAACGGCGGGCGCCACGCGUUGAGCAACGGCGCCGCCGUCGCCGCUGCUGCGCCCAGCCACCAGGCAAGCAACAGCAACCCCCGCGACUACUACCCCCGCACGCCGACGGCCGCCUCGCGCGGUCGCUACGGCCGUCUGCAGGAAGCGCCCCCGUCCGCGGGCUCCGACACGGCCGGUGGCGGCGUGAGCUUGAACGCACACAGCGCGGCCAUGGCGAACCGCAGUAACAGCAGUCUAAUCCCGGCGGCCGCGGCGGCGCCGUUCAUCGCGCCGCUGGUGCACAUGAAUGAGCGGACGGUGGCGGCGUGGCACGACGGCAUCAUGGACUUUUAUGCCGUGAUCCGGGCGUUUGUCGAGCGCCACGCCAGCCAGCCGGACCACGCGUCGUCGAUGAAGAUGAGCUCGACGGGGCUCUGGCCGAUCCUGCUGGCCACGUACCACCCUCUGUCGAGUGCCGAGGCCGCGUCGUACCUCGAGUACCACUUACGCAACGAGAACUCAAAGGCCUGCCUCGUGACUCGGGUGAUGAUUGAUUAUAUUGUGAACCGCGUAUGGACGCCCGCCGCGUGGAGCGGUGCGGACGAUGAGUCGACCUACUCACUCAUGGAGCUGGAGCGAGACAUGGAGAGAAUGCUUGGCCAGCCGUCGGCCUUUCGCCAGCCGCUACUCGACAGGCAGGCCGCCAUCAUAGGCGGCAUCCUCGGGCGGGAGCAGGACUCGCCCUUCCACAAGGCCAAGGUGGACGAGAUGACGGGCACGCUGCUCGCCAACCUGCAGCCGCUGCUCAACCGGCUGGCCAACCCGGCCGACGCCUACCGCGACAUGGCGCAGGUCGCCGAGCACGCGUGGGAGCUGUCGUCGCGCAUCCUCACGUCCCGGCUCACGUUUGAUUUCCGCUUCCCCGAGAUUGGCAGCCGCUUCUCCAGCCAGUCCAUGCUGCCCAUCUGGCCUCGCAUGGAUCCGUUUGAGCUGCAGGCCAAGCACUGGCGCGUGGCCCUCGUCACUACGCCCGUCAUCACUUGCCGCAACGACACGGGCACCAACAUUUCGGCGCAUUCGGUGUCUCUGGCUGACGUCUUUUGCAUGCAUUAA